AUGAAGUUCACCCCCAUCAUCCUUUCGGCCGCUCUGGUCAGUGCUGGCGUGAUCCCCAACGAUGUCCGUACCGACGAGGGCAGGCUUGCCGAGCGCUCCGUCGCCGGCGACAAGUGUCUUACCCUUGAAUGCGCCAAGAAGGAAUACGUGCCUGUCUGGCGCGGCAAGCUCUGCGAGAAGCCCGGCUGCGAGAAGCCCAAGUGCAAGGAGCCCGAGUGCAAGCCCAAGACGGACGGAUAUGAGGAGUACUACUGGAUCGAGCAUAUCGACAGGAAGCACCGCCACAAGGACAAUCGUGACGUCGCUGCGGCCGACGAAGGGGACGACGAGGUCCUCACCAAGCGCGGCGAGUCGGCUGUCGGCAGACCCUACUUCAAGCCCUACUACGAGGAUGACCCGGACUACGAGUCGCACUUUGAGCCCAAGCCUGCGCCUGUGCCUGCGCCUGUGCCUGCGCACCCUCACCAUCACCAUGGGCCCCCUCCCCCUUGGCGCCAUCAUCACGAAGGACCUCCUCCCCCCUGGCACCGUGGUCACCACGGCCAUCACCACGGUCAUCACCACCAUGGCUGCCACCCGCAUGGUCACCACCAUCACGGUCCUCCUUGCCAUCGCCGCGGCCCGGCCCCCACUCCCACUCCGGCCCCCACGCCAGGCAAGAAGCACGACGACCGCGACGACGUGCAGUGGUACCGCGAGGAGAUCACCCACGACCACGAAGAAGACCGUCACCAGGGCAAGAACAGCGACAAGUGCAUCCAUUGCAAGCCCGUCAUCAAGGCCGCCAACACGACCGACACCAGCGCUGCCGCCAACUCGGCCUUCCGCAACCGCAACGGAGGCGCCCGCACGCUCAACAACAAGUCGGGCAACCUUAUCAAGGCUGGCAGCCAGAAGACCGUCGAGGUGGUUCCUACCUUUGUCGAGGAGGAUGUGGCCGAGGAGGACAAUGACGAGCAGGAGAAGGAGGAGUAG